AUGACCCGCGCCGUAGAGGAGGACGAAUUCGUCCUCACGAUCUCUGACAAUGACGACCUUCCCGUCAGCGACCCCGAAACCGAAGACGCCGAAACGGUAGAGCUCUUCCGCAACGGCACGAAGCGAAAACGGGAAGAAAAGAAUAAGAAUAAUGCCUCAAGGAGCAAGAAACAGAAGAAGAUCCACCGGGGGAAAGGUCAAGAGGACGAUCCCAUCGUAUCAGAGGACGACGACUCGGAAAACGGUGGAGAACAGGGUGUCCGAGAGGGUGCCUUCAAUCCUGAUUUCGAGUUCGACUUUGGGCCAGACCACGUCAAAGAAGACCUCGAAGAAUUCGACGGAUGGGGCGGCCAGGAUAACUCAAUCACCAAGAAUCGAGAGCAAAGGAAGAGAGGCGUCGACAUUGACGCCAUCAUUGCUCGUCGGGCAGAGAAGAAGGCCAAAGCCACCGGGUCCGAGAAGCAAAAGGAGGAGGGGGUAGAAUCAAAUGUGGAUGAUGACGAGGACGAGGACAAUGUCGAGAUCCCAGACUUCGAAGACGACGAACUUCUUGCGCCGGAUACCUUCGGUGCGGACGCGGAAUCCGGGGAUGAGGGAAAUGGAGAAUCUCUGGCGGACGAAGAACAAGACGACGACGAGAGUGACGACGCCAGUGCUUCCGACAGCGGCUCGAUGGCAUCUCCGACAGCUCAUCCCGACGACCUAGCUUCUGAUCAGUCAGAUGCUGAAUCGCAAACCUCUGUCUCGGAAGAUCCAGAAGAGAUGGCUAAACGCGCGGCAUUCUUCGCUCCUGAGGACAAAGCGACACAACCCAACAUAAAAUCCGCAUCCUCCUUCCUACAAUUCUCCCUCUCACGGCCCAUCUUACGGGGACUGAACGCCCUGUCAUUCACCACCCCGACACCAAUCCAAGUGCGCGCCAUCCCGAUCGCCCUACAAGGCUUAGAUGUGGUUGGAUCCGCCGUGACCGGCUCCGGUAAGACUGCAGCCUUCCUUCUCCCCAUCCUCGAACGCCUCCUAUACCGGCCCACAAAAGUCCCCAUGACACGAGUGGUCAUACUUCUGCCGACUCGUGAGCUCGCCGUUCAAUGCUACAGCGUCGCCACCGCGCUAGCUCGAUUCACGGAUAUCACCUUCGCACAGGUGGUAGGUGGCUUCUCCUUGCGAGAACAGGAAACCAUCCUGAAAAAACGGCCCGAUGUGGUGAUCGCCACGCCCGGUAGGUUUAUCGACCACAUGCGCAACUCCGCCAGCUUUGCCAUCGAGAAUAUUGAAAUCUUGGUGCUGGAUGAAGCAGACCGGAUGCUCGAAACUGGGUUCGCUGACGAGCUGGACGAGAUCCUAAGGACCAUCCCGAAGGACAGACAGACGAUGCUCUUCUCCGCUACCAUGACCGACAGCGUGGACAAGUUGGUGAGGGUAGGCAUGAAUCGCCCCGUGCGAUUGUCCGUCGACGUAAAGAAAUCCACGACGGCAGGUCUCGUUCAGGAAUUCGUCCGUCUCCGCCAAGGGCGAGAGGGCAUGCGUCUCGCAACUUUAUGCGUGCUGUGCCAGAAUUUCUUCACCAAGCGCACUAUCAUCUUCUUUCGACAGAAGAAGGAAGCCCAUCGUGUCCGCGUCGUGUUCGCUUUACUGGGCCUUCGGGCUGGCGAACUGCAUGGAAGCAUGACGCAGGAACAACGCAUCACCGCAGUCAAUUCCUUUCGAGACGGGAAGACAACGCACCUCCUCGCCACAGAUCUUGCCAGUCGAGGUCUCGAUAUCAAAAACGUUUUGACAGUCGUCAACUACGAAGCCCCACAGACGCAUGAGAUCUAUCUACAUCGUGUGGGUCGUACGGCACGAGCAGGCCGUUCUGGACGUGCAUGCACCAUCGCUGCAGAACCUGAUCGGAAAGUGGUCAAGGCCGCAGUCAAAAGCGCAAAACAACAAGGUGCGAAGGUCGUAUCCCGAGUAAUGGACGUCGAAGAAGUCAACGCCAUGCACCGGCGGCUCGAGGAUCUAGAUUCGGAGAUCGCAGAGGUUCUGAGAGAAGAGAAAGAAGAAAAGCAACUCGCCGCCACCGAGGCCGAAAUCACCCGUGGAGAGAAUCUCAUCAAGCACGAGUCUGAAAUCAUGGCGCGGCCGAAGAGGACCUGGUUUGAGAGCGAGAAAGAGAAGCGCGAUGCCAAGAAUAAAGGGCGGAUGGAGUUGAAUGGGCCGGGCGGGGUGGGCGUUGUGAAAGUGAAGACACAGAAGAAAAAAAUGAGCAACAAGGAUAAGAAGCGCUUGGACAAUGCGCGGGAGAGAAAGGAGGGGAAAUUGUGGAAGAAACAGAAGGGCAGUGAACGGGCGGCAAAGGAGAUGAUGAAGAAUGCGAAGAAGAAAAAUGGAGGACCGAGAAAGGGUAAGAGGUAG